UGUUCGUAAUCGGUAGCCGCUACCACUUUAUUUUUAAUGUGGUCUACAAGACGCGACCGCGACAAGUCGCGACAAUAAAAUUAUUGGUUUUGCCUAGUUGCAGUCUUGUCAGUUCAGUUUCAAAUCUGUUCAAGUGCGCAUGUAUAAUUUAAAUUCAUAAAUAACAAACCUAGUAACAAACUAUGGAUCAAUUAAUUUGUAAUAAUAAUAAUAUUUUAACCCUACUAUUGAUGGAUGAAGAUGACGAUGAAGUUAAUUCAUUAUCUUAUUUGACGCCGAAGAAAAGAAAAAUAACGGAUAUCUUUAAAAACCGUAAAACUGAAGGGUGUUUUGAAAUUUUAAUUAGUCGACACUUAAUAAGCAAUCAAGUGAAGUUUCGUGAAUAUUUUAGAAUUAAUUAUGAGCAAUUCAAUUUUUUUAUUAUCUUUGGUGGAAGAAAAAUUAUUGGUAGCACCUACUAAUAGAGUUAAAAAUUCAAUAUUACCGGCAGAAAAAUUAGCAGUAACAUUGAGAUAUCUCGCCACUGGUGAGUCACUAAGAUCAUUAGCGUUUGCUUUUCGUAUCAGUCACAACUAUUUAAGCACAGUAAUAAAAAGCACACUAGCUGAAUUGAAAAAUAAAUUGGUACCUAUUUUUUUGCCAGAUCCAAAAAAUAUAGAUUUUAAACAAAAAUCAGCUGAAUUCUCGUACAAGUGGAAUUUCCCAAAUUGCAUUUCAGCAAUUGAUGGAAAACAUGUCCGUAUACGAAGUCCCAGUAAUUCUGGAACUUUAUUUCAUAAUUAUAAAGAUUUUUAUUCGAUUGUACUUCUGGCAAUGGUGGACGCGAAUUAUAAAUUUAUUGUUGUUGAUAUUGGUUCCUUCGGAAAAGAAGGCGAUAGUGGUAUUUUUUUGAAGUCAGAUAUGGGACAGAACAUUUUAAAUGGGAAAUUUGGAUUUCCAGAACAAUGUAAACUUCCGGGAUCAGAUAAGAUAGCACCCCAUGUAAUUGUAGGUGACGAAGCUUUUCGCUUACACACACAUAUUUUGAAACCCUACACGAGAAAAUUUGCAAGAGAAAAUCCUUCUGAAGCUGUGUUUAAUUACAGACUAAGUUGUGCUCGAAGAGUUACCGAAAAUGCUUUCGGAUUGUUAAGCCAAAUUUUUAGAAUUUUUUAUCAGCCAAUCAACUUGGAAACGACCACAAUCGACGAUCUAAUUUGGGUAACCUGCUGUCUACGCAAUAUGUUACGCGAAGGGUAUUUAGAGAAAAAUAAACAACCAUUCUUCGAUUAUGAUACCGAACAACCACCACCAACUGACAAUUUGAUGCCACUUUCUCAUUGUGGAGGAUUUUCAAACCUUGCAGGAUUUGAAGUUAGAAAUUUGUUCAAAGAAAUUUUUUAAUAAUGAAGGGUCUAUUCCUUGGCAAACAAACUCUUUAUUUUAAAUUCUAUGAACUAUGCAUAUAGGUAUAUGUUAUUUUUAUUAACUAAAUAACACAUUGCAGGAUUGUAUUGUAAUAUAAGUAUGUAUAAUAAUUAAUAAGGAUAUUUAUAG